ACUACCAAGGCCAAGGGAUAUUUAUUAAACUUUUAAAGCACGUCCACAGCUUGGACAGGGGGAUACUUGAAUUGAUUUUGACAGGUUUCUAGAUCUACGUCAAAAGUGAAUAAGUCAGACUAAGUUUAAUAGUACAUUAAUUAAAUUUUGGUCAAGAUGAGCUUCAGGGGUGGAAGAGGAGGAGGCAGAGGAAGAGGUGGUGGAGGAUUUAGAGGUGGCAGAGGAGGUGGUAACUUUGGUAACAGAUAUCAAGAUCAAGGGCCUCCUGAGGAGGUUAUGGAAAUUGGUUACAUGACACAUACAUGUGAAGAAGACCUAGUAAUAAAAAGUACCAGCGACAAGAUACCAUACUUCAAUGCCCCCAUUUACCUCCAAAACAAACAACAGAUUGGAAAAGUUGAUGAAAUAUUUGGACCUAUUAAAGAUUUUUAUUUCUCAGUAAAACUUUCAGACAACAUGAAAGCAAAGUCAUUUGAAGCAUCAUCUAAGUUUUAUAUAGAUCCUGCCAAACUUUUACCACUAGCAAGAUUUCUCCCCAGACCUGCUGGCCAAAGAGGAGUUGGCAAAAGAGGAGGUUUUGACAGAGGUGGUCGUGGUAGAGGUGGUUUUGACAGGGGCAGAGGAGGUCGUGGAGGAUUUGACAGAGGUCGAGGGGGGCGAGGCAGGGGUGGUGACAGAGGAGGAAGAGGGGGUGGUUUUAGAGGUGGCGAUAGGGGUGGGCGAGGGGGUGGUUUUAGAGGAAAUAGAGGAGGUGGGUUUAAUAAUAGAUUUGGUCAAAGCUAACUUCUAAUGUAUAUUAAUGAAUGUUGAAUGUUACAUUAUGUAUGUUAAUAAAUAUGCCCGUUUUAUUCAAUAGCCUCUUGUUUUAUAAUUAUAAUAUUAAAUUCAAGAAA